GAUCAAUAAUUGCUAACAAUCAAAUCCUUAUCAGAUAACCAUCACACUCUUAAACACAACAGCAAACAACAACCAAAUAAGCCAUUGGUGAUCAUCUAAGAAGAAGAAGAAGAAGAAGAAGAAGCUCCAUUGAUGAUGUCGUCAACAGCUCUCGCCUUCAUAAUCGCUGCUUUAUCUUACGUCUUCUUCUUCUCUUCUUCACCAAAACAUCACUACCACGAACUCUUCAUCUCCGCUUCCUUCUCCGACAACGCUUCAGUCGCUCUAAACCUCCGUACCCUCACGCGCCGCCCUCAUGUAGCCGGUACAGCGGCCAACGCCGAAGCCGCUGAGUACGUUCGCUCUGUUUUCACCUCCUCUUCACUCAAAUCACACGUUGUUGCUUACCAAGUAUCUUUAACUUACCCAGUUCAUCGCUCUUUGGUACUAACGCCCACAGAAUCAGCAAACCCUAUCACUUUAGAGUUGGAACAAGAACGAGUUGGAGACAGUCCUUAUGCAGAUGAAGUGAUGCCUACUUUUCACGGAUACGCUAAGUCAGGUAACGUCUCAGGACCAGUGGUUUAUGCAAACUACGGACGAGUAGAAGAUUUCGUGAGACUCAAGAAAGAGAUGGGUGUGAAUGUCUCUGGAGCCGUUGUGGUUGCGAGGUACGGUCAGAUUUACAGAGGUGACAUUGUGCAAAACGCGUAUGAGGCUGGAGCUGUAGGCGUUGUGAUAUAUACUGACAAGAGAGACUACGGCGGAGAUGAGUGGUUUCCGGAGAGUAGAAGGAUGCCACCUAGUGGGGUUCAGGUUGGUACUGUUUAUAAUGGGUUGGGUGAUCCAACGACUCCUGGGUGGGCUAGUGUUGAAGGGUGUGAGAGAUUAUCUAAUGAGGCUGUUGAGUUGAGCGGUGAUGCUCCUCUUAUACCUUCCUUGCCUGUUUCUGCCGCUGAUGCAGAAGUGAUUUUGAAGACUGUUGUUGGAGAUGUUGCGGAUGGUGAUGUUUAUCCAGUUGGGCCUGGACCUGGGAUCUUGAAUCUAAGCUACACGGGGGAAACUGUUAUAGCCAAGAUUGAGAAUGUUAUUGGAGUGAUUCAAGGAGAAGAAGAGCCAGAUAGAUAUGUGAUUCUUGGAAACCAUCGAGACGCUUGGACUUACGGAGCUGUUGAUCCGAACAGUGGGACUGCGGUGAUUUUGGAGAUUGCACAAAGACUAGAUAAGCUGCAGAAACGAGGAUGGAAGCCUAGACGAACGAUUAUUCUGUGCAAUUGGGAUGCUGAGGAGUAUGCCCUGACUGGGUCAACAGAAUGGGUAGAAGAAAACAGAGAGAUGCUAAGUUCGAGAGCAGUGGCCUACAUGAAUGUAGACUGUGCAGUAUCUGGCCCCGGGUUUGAUGCCUCUGCGACUCCACAACUCGAUGAAUUGAUAAAACUAGCAGCUCAAGAGGUCCAGGAUCCAGAUAACGCAACGCAAACAAUCUACGAUUCUUGGAUAGGAUCAAGAAACUCUGUUGAGAUCGGAAGAUUAGGGGGCACAGGAUCAGAUUACGCAUCAUUUGUGCAACAUGUUGGCGUUUCAGCAGUUGACAUGCGUUUUGGAGGAGGCUAUCCAGUGUAUCACUCCAUCUAUGAUGACUUCACAUGGAUGGAGAAAUUUGGAGACCCGAUGUUUCAUCGACAUGUCGCAAUGGCUAGUGUAUUUGGUUUGGUCGCUCUACGGUUAGCAGACGAGGAAGUGUUACCAUUCAACUAUAUCACAUAUGCAUCAGAACUCAAGAAAAGUGCAGAAGAUUUGGAGAAGCUAGGACAUAGCAUAGAUGUUUCUCCGUUAAUCAAAUCGAUCGAAGAUCUAUCUACGGCUGCACAAGGGAUAAAUAAAGAGAAAGAGGGAAUUAAAGGAGCUCUAAAAGUGAGAGAGAUAAAUGACAGAUUAAUGAUGGCGGAGAGAGCUAUGACAGACCGAGAUGGACUGUCGGAAAGACCAUGGUACAAGCAUUUGGUAUACGGACCAUCAAAGUACGAUGACUACGGUUCAAAAUCAUUCCCUGGAGUUGAUGAUGCAAUAGAGAAUGCAAAGAAGCUAGACACAAAAGCAUCUUGGGAAAAUGUUCAACACCAUAUAUGGAGAGUCUCUAGAGCUAUUAGACAAGCAUCACUCGUUUUAAAAGGUCAACUGAGAUGAGCAUUAGCACAAUGAUGGCUGUAGUUAAUAUGUUUUCCUCUGUUUAUUCCCAACCAAAACUGACUCAAAUAUGAAAUCCAAAUUUCAGUUUUUAGUGUUUA